CGGGCCGCGGCGGCUGAGGGGCGUCCCGGGCGCCCCAGACAGGAAAGUCUCCGGCGGCGGCGGGUGGAAAGUACAGAUAAAAAUGGAAAAAAGGCAUCUUUCCAAACUGACAAUGCUGCCUAAUGCCACAGCAGCCAUGCAGAUGGAAGCAUUUCUGCUUGGUGUUGUCCUCUUUGGUCUGCCCACAGGCAAUUUACUGCCCCUUCGCUUGCCCAUCUAAAAUAUGCAGUUUCCUGUAUAUUCCAUAUACCACAGCUGCUCAGCAUGUCUUGGCUGCCCCAGGUCUGCACACUCUGACCAUGAACAGCAAUUCCUCCCUCAGCAAUGGGAAAGGCCUGAGGAACCUGACCACGGAGGAAGAUGGGGCAGUCAGAGUCACCGAGUCCAUUGCUAUAAUUGUCAUUGCCAUCUUCAUCUGUUUGGGCAACUUGGUGAUUGUUGUCACUCUGUAUCGCAAGUCGUACCUUCUCACCUUGAGCAACAAGUUUGUGUUCAGCCUGACCCUCUCCAACUUUCUACUCUCCGUGCUGGUGCUGCCUUUUGUUGUCACCAGCUCCAUCAGGCGAGAAUGGAUCUUCGGGGUUGUUUGGUGCAAUUUCUCCGCCCUGCUCUACAUGCUGAUCAGCUCAGCCAGCAUGCUCACUCUGGGACUCAUAGCUAUAGACAGGUACUAUGCUGUGCUGUACCCGAUGGUUUAUCCAAUGAAGAUAACGGGCAACAGAGCAGUGGUAGCUCUUGUGUACGUGUGGCUGCAUUCCCUUAUUGGCUGCCUCCCUCCCCUUUUUGGCUGGUCCUCCUUGGAGUUUGACCAAUUCAAGUGGAUGUGUGUGGCCGCCUGGCACAAGGAGGCUGCCUACACGGCCUUUUGGCAGAUCUGGUGCGCGCUGCUGCCGUUCGUGGUCAUGAUGAUCUGCUAUGGAUUCAUAUUCCGUGUGGCAAGGAUUAAGGCCCGCAAAAUCCACUGUGGGACUGUUGUCAUUGUGGAGGAGGACUCACAGAGGAAUGGGAGGAAGAACUCCAGCACCUCCACGUCCUCCUCUGGCAGCCGAAGGAACGCUUUCCAAGGGGUUGUUUACUCUGCCAACCAGUGCAAAGCUUUCAUAACCAUCUUGGUUGUCAUCGGAGCUUUCGUCAUUACGUGGGGACCUUACAUGGUGGUAAUAACAUCAGAGGCACUUUGGGGUAAAAACAGUAUUUCCCCUGCUUUGGAGACAUUGGCUACAUGGCUGUCCUUUUCCAGUGCCAUUUGCCAUCCGCUAAUUUAUGGGCUGUGGAACAAGACAGUGCGCAAGGAACUCCUGGGGAUGUGCUUUGGGGAUCGGUAUUACCGCAAGUCCUUUGUUCAGCGGCACAGGACAUCGAGGCUCUUCAGCAUUUCCAACAGGAUCACAGAUUUGGGACUAUCUCCUCACCUUACUGCCCUCAUGGCAGGUGGGAGGCCACUGGGAAACAGCAGCAGCACAGGAGACACAGGUUUCAGCUGCUCACAGGAUUCAGGAACAGAUACGAUGCUUCUUGAAGAUUAUAGCUCAGAUGGCCCUCAUGCCCCACACUGCAUCUGUCCCCCUCGAAGGAGGAGUUCAGUGACAUUUGAAGAUGAGGUGGAACAAAUUAAAGAAGCUGCAAAGAAUUCUGUUCUUCACGUAAAAGCUGAAGUCCAUAAAUCUCUGGACAGUUAUGCAGCCAGCCUGGCCCGAGCUAUAGAAGCUGAUGUGAAACUCAGCCUGUUUGGGGAAGAUGCUUUACCAGGAGCCCUGUUCCCCUUGUGGACUCCUGCAGGAAACAGUGGGAACGCCCGGCGUGGUGCCAGGCCCCAUGCCAGCCAAAGACUGAAGUUGCAGAGCAUCGAUGAAGGGAACGUUUGACACAAGCACUGGAGUAGGAAAACAGAAUGAAACCACUAAGCAGGGCCUACUGCAACUGGUAGUGUUUCACCAGAACCAGGACACCUUGUUGAGAUGUUUCCAGUGUUUUUUCAACACCUGGAAACAGCUGGAUUCUGGUACUUACAUAAGCAUUUUGCAGCAGUGUUUGUUUACUGGUUAGGGUGCUACUGACUCUUCUGCCACAUCACUAUCACACAGUGCAUAGGAAUGCAGGGCUUGGUUUCAUUGACCAGAUGGUUAGUCAGUUGAAUCUUGGGUCCAUUAUUGGCCAAAGCUAAUACAGGAACAAAACAGAAAAGGUAUGUGCAGUGUUUAAUUCAUUGUUGCAUCCAUCCUGUUCUGACCACCAGGAUAAUCGGUUGACACUUGAUAGCUGGAGUGCUCUGAUAGGAGCUUGUGCAUUGGAUUGUACAUAAAGCCUUACUGCCUCAGGCUCCCGGCUGAGGAACUUCAGUAAGGGCAAAACCUGAACUUUUAAGAGAGCUCAUGCAGAUUGUAGGUACUUACCUUUGCUGGGGGAUAUUUCAGUCUGUUCAGCCAUCAGAAUGCCAGAUCUGACAUUGGACUGCGCUUUGCUUCAGUGGCAUGGGACACCAGCUCCUCUGGAUGUAAUGAAUGGGAGUAAACGUGCUGGGAACAGCACAGAGAUGAGAUUUGAGGAAAUUAUUAGUGCAGAAUUCUUAGUUUC